AGAACAGUAGCCCAAAGCUGUGUGUACGUUCUUUGUGCCAGAACAACACGCAGAGAGCCAGUAUGAGACGGACGUUAACAAAGAAACCUUCACAGUGACAGCACAAGUGCUCACGCUUAUGGAUCUAUUUUUCAGAAACAAACCGGAUUUGUUUGAUCGUAUUUACUUUUAAGGAUCUUUACUCUUUGCUAUUGUUUUUGAUGUUCUCCAGAAAGUUGGUCUCCUGGGGAUAAGGUGUUGAUGUUUGCUGAUUAUUUCCCUGCAGGCAUUGAUAGUGAUUGUUAGUUGGUGAAGGGCUCCUGGCAGAUACAGUCAUGGUGCUCAUUUUGGGUCGCCGUCUGAAUCAUGAGAACUCUGGAGGCAUGCCUGAAUCGGCAGUGAUCAAGCGUAAAGUCUUUGAGAUGGAGCCUAAGACCCUGAGCGAGGUGUUCAACUUCUCUUCUGGUUCCUCUCACUCUGAGAGCGUCCUCCAGGUCUUCAACGAGUUCCGCGACAGCCGGCUCUUCACGGACGUGAUCAUCAGUGUCCAGGGGCGUGAGUUUCCCUGUCACCGUGCCGUGCUGUCGGCCUGCAGCAGCUACUUCCGUGCCAUGUUCUGCAACGACCACCGGGAGAGCCGUGAGAUGCUGGUGGAGAUCAACGGCAUCCAGGCGGACGCUAUGGACACAUUCCUGCAGUACGUUUACACCGGCCAUGCCCUCAUCACCACACAAAACGUCCAGUUCGUCUUCGAGACCGCCAGCCUCUUUCAGAUCGCCACUCUGCGGGAUGCUUGCGCAAAAUUCCUGGAGGAGCAGCUGGACCCCUGCAACUGCCUCGGCAUCCAGCGCUUCGCAGAUGCCCACUCUCUCAAACAGCUGGCCAGUCGUUGCCGUUCUUUCGCCUUGCUGAAUUUUCCAGAGGUGGCUCAGCAUGAGGAGUUUCUAGACCUCCACAAGGACGAGCUGGAGGAAUACUUGGCCAGUGAUGAACUGUCCAUUGGCAGGGAGGAGGUGGUGUUUGAGGCGGUGAUGCAUUGGGUCUACCACAGCAUAGAGUAUCGCAGGCCUAUGCUGAAAGAUCUACUGCAACAUGUCCGACUGCCUCUGCUGCACCCAAACUAUUUUGUACAGACGGUGGAAGGUGAUAAACUGAUCCAGAAUGCUCCAGAAUGUUACCAGCUGCUGCAUGAAGCACGUCGCUACCACGUACUUGGAAAUGAAAUGAUGUCACCACGUACAAGACCCCGCAGGUCCACUGGCUUCUCUGAAGUCAUUGUGGUGGUGGGAGGCUGUGAGCGAGUCGGGGGGUUCAAUCUUCCAUACACAGAAUGUUACAACCCCAUGACGGGAGAGUGGACAUCUCUUGCUAAACACCCCGAGUACACUAAGUCUGAGUAUGCAGUGUGUGCCCUCCGCAAUGACAUUCUGGUGUCAGGUGGACGCAUCAACAGCAGUUACGUGUGGAUGUAUAACUCUCAGCUCAAUGUCUGGAUCAGAGUGGCCUCUCUUAAUAAGGGACGCUGGAGACACAAAAUGACCGUCCUACUGGGGAAGGUGUAUGCAGUUGGAGGUUAUGAUGGGCAGUGUUGUCUCAGUAACGUGGAGGUGUAUGACUCCUUCUCCAACCGCUGGACUGAGGUGGCCCCUAUGAAAGAAGCCGUCUGCUCCCCGGCAGUCACCAGCUGUGCUGGAAAACUCUUCGUCAUUGGAGGAGAACCUGAUGAAAACAGCUGCUCCAAUAAGGUCCAGUGUUAUGAUCCAGAGACAGACAGCUGGCAGCUGAGGGCAUGUAUUCCCUUCACCAAACCCAAUAUUUCUGCCGUUUCUCUCAAUAACCUCAUCUACGUGUGCGGGGGCCUCACCAAGUCCAUCUACUGCUACGAUCCUUCACAGGACCAUUGGAUGCAUGUGGGCCACACCUUCAGCAGACAGGAGAGUUGCGGUCUAUCAAUUUGUAAUGGAAAGAUCUACAUCCUGGGUGGACGGGGAGAAAAUGGUGAUGCAUCUGACAACAUCGUGUGCUACGACCCGGCCUCUGGCAUCAUCACAUGCACGGCUGCUAUGCCUCGUCCCAUCUCUUACCAUGGCUGUGUUACCAUACACCGUUUCAGCGAGAAACAACGUAAACCCUGAUAGCAUCCACUAAUACACAUGCAAACUCCUAAACAUGGACCCGUCUGUGCAUAUACAACUGGAUGUGCUCUUUUGAGCAAAUUUGCAAAUUUUAAUUUACGAAUGUUUAACUGCUACUGUUGAUUUCAUCAUCAUUCCACAGUUAUCUUCAAGACAACCGUUUCCUGUGAUUAGUCGUUUCUCUGGGAGGCGGUUGAAAAACAUAUCCUUCCUAUAUUCAGAUAUUGUCAACUAAAACUAUUAAAAAUAUUUAUAUUAAUGGACCCUUUUCACAUUUACAGGAAGUCUUCAUAAUUGGUGAAUGCGAUAACAGCAAAUAUCAUUUUUGUAUAAAAAAAAAAAAAAAAAAUCUUUGAUAGCAGUUCCAGGACUUUCCAAAAGAAGGAAAAAAAUAUAGAGAGACUGAUUACAGCUGUCAGAAGAGAGGAAGAUGUCAAAUUUGCUGUCAUUCCUUCAGCCGUUGUAUUAGAAACACCCUCGAAGAAGUCUUUAGUUUUUUGUAAUUUACUGCCAAGGUAAUAUAUAACACAAACUAUAGCAUGGUAAAUGUAUAUUGAUUAAAAAAAAAUUAAAUAUGAAAAACUGCUAGAUUUUGAUUAUGCGUCAUCACAGUCUGUGAAAAGGGUCCAUUGAAAUAAAGCUGAAAUAAAAUAAAAUAUAAAUAUUAGUUGAAACAAAAACUAGAACAGAAAUAAAAAUCACUUAAACCUAAAUAGCAAUAUUUAAAUAAUAAUAAUAAUAAAAAAAUGACAAAAGCACAUCAUGAAAUUACUCAACAUUAACAUUAAAACUAAACAAAAAAAUAAAAGCUAAUUCAAAAUAUUAAUAAAACUAAAACAACACUGAUUCAGAGAAUGUCAAAUGAUAUUCUGAUACUGCCAUUGAUAAAGAGACUCCAUAAAUGCUCACUUCCUGUGCUCUUUUUCUUUCUUUUUGAAUUUCUUUUUCAUUUGUAAAUGUACAUUUGUUUAUGCCUUUAACGUUUUUUUUUUUUUUUUUUUUUUUUUUUUUUUUACUGUUGUUUUGUAGUAUCACUCCUAAAAUUUGACAACGAUUGAAUUCUUGACAUGGAGAAGAAGUCUGCAGACAAACUGUUUUUUAGGUUCAGUCUUGGGGUUGAUUUUAAUGUGUUAUUUACUCUUUCUACAUCGUAUUAUACUUCUGAGCUUAUUAAAUAAAGAAAGCACUUAAAUACUACAUCAGACAUGCUGUAUAAGGUUUUCAUAAGGAGGUUUUUGUGUUCUAAGCAUUUGAAAACCUAAGGCUCAGUGAUGGACAGCUCUGUUUUAGGUCUAUGAAAUGUCACGUCUGGUUAUUUUAGGUUCUUGAUGAACCGUACAGCUGUGAAUUAUUAUUAUUUUUCCUUCUGUGUAUCGUAUUUGUAUUUAAGCAUCUCAUCAUCUUUGUGACAACCAGGAUGUGCCUUUCUGAUUUUUUUUUUUUUUUUUUUUUUUUUUAAUCAGAGCCCCAGUCAUGCACUUGUAUGUACUAGUGUUAGUAAUAUAUCCCAGUGUAAAUACAUUUUACUCCUUUGUUUUGUUUUUAAUGUUAUUAGGGCCCGAGCACCGAUGGUGUGAGGACCCUAUUGGAAUUGCUCCGUUUAUUUGUGUUGUGAUUAUUUUAUGUCGUGCUUGGUGAACAAUGCUCAUAGCUGUAGAUUGCAUCUGAUUCUUUUGAGUUGGAUUUCCGUAAAAAUUCUUGAGUGUUGGCGUGAAUGUGCGUGUUCAAAUAAGAUUAACUUGGAACUGUUUUCAUGUUUAAAGGUUAGAUAAUUGCAGUCUCUGCUCUAGUGCUUGCCAGUACUGGAAACAGACAUUUAUUUACUUUACAUCAGAAUCAUAGUAUCGGUUUAAUUUUCUAUUAUCGGAACGUGUCAGGCAGGAUGUUGGCAGAUAGUUUACCCAAAGCACUGCAUUGCCAUUUCUGCCUGAAAUGACAAAGAUAUAAGUGUGUCUGUAUAUAUGUAUUUAUAUAUUUUCAUAUACAUAUAUGAUUUGUUGAGUUUUCCAUUCAAUCACUUUAAUUAUUACCAGCUGUACUGUUCUAAGUAAAUGUAAAUGUAAUUUUGCCAACAUGUGUACUGUUACACUGUUUGUUUGUUUUUUAAUAAAUAUAAUAAACCAGA